GUUGUUCGUGGCCAUUAAGCAAGUCAGCUUGGGUGGGCUGCACAGUGGCGAUAUCAGCUCCAUCGAGGUUGAGAUCAACCUGCUCUCCAAGCUGAAGCACAAGAAUAUUGUCAAGUAUAUUGAGUCCAUACGAACUGAGACACACCUCAACAUCGUCCUUGAGUAUGUGGAGGGUGGGUCUAUAGCCUCCAUCAUCAAGAAGUUUGGUGCUUUUCCAGAGUCUCUGUGCGCGAUCUACACGCUGCAAAUCCUCAGAGGCUUGAAAUUCUUGCAUUCUCAAGGCGUCAUUCAUCGGGACAUUAAAGGUGCUAAUGUUCUGACGACCAAGACAGGAACGAUCAAGUUGGCGGACUUCGGCGUAGCUACAAAGCUUAGCGAGAUCGACAGCUCGAAGAGGCGUGUGGUAGGUACACCAUACUGGAUGGCGCCGGAGACUGUUGAGAUGAGCCCGCCCACUCCGGCAAGUGACAUUUGGAGCGUGGGCUCCACUGUGGUGGAGAUGAUCACAGAGAAGCCGCCAUAUGCAGACUUGCCGCAGAUGUCAGCUCUCUACCGUAUCGUCUCCGACAAGCACCCGCCCCUGCCCGAGGGAUUCUCCGAAGAUCUCGAAGCAUUUCUGCUUCGCUGCUACGAGAAGAACCCAUUGCACCGUGCUGGAGCUGCAAUUCUUCUCGAGGACCACUGGAUCCAAGCCAACAAACAGCACACGCGGGAGUUCAUAAACUCCCGACAGAUGCUCACCCCCAAGGUUUCCCAGAAAGAAGUCACUCCACGGCAGGGAGAGGAUGAGGAUGAUGACUACAGCAGCGAGUCUGGAGCCGAGGAGAUGGAGGCAUUCACCACCCUCAUCCGGGACACUUAUUUGAGGCCAGUAGAGGCUUCACGGGAACCCAGCAGCGGGCACGAUUCUGAGGAGGUCCGAACUGGGGACAAGAGUAUUAGCGACAAAUCCUCGCGAUCCAAGCAGGGACCAGGGAAGUAUCCCAUCGAGGAGGAGGACUGGGUUGCUGUUAAGGAACUUAAAUUAAGUUACUAUAUUGGGGAAACCCUAUUAUUUACUUUACCCAUUAUGGUAACUUAA